AUUGCAGUCCUGCCCUCCAUCUCCCUGACACCACCUGCUCACUGAAGCUUUGUCAUGUUGCUGCCAUUGCUGGGCGCCUGUGCUGUGGUGGGACCGUUCCAGGGCCCUGAGUGGGAGCCAGUGCAGGGCCUACUUUCUGAGGAUCGCAGCUGCAGGGACCCUCGGUGCUGUGGCAACCUGCUUGUGCUCUGCCUCUUUCUGAUCUGGCAGGUCCAGAGCUGUUGGCACCGGGUCACCAGGACUCACCCCAGCACGAGGAAGGUCACCAAGAUGCCACCGCAGAAGUGGGCGGUGCCCUCCAUGAGACAUGACACUUGUUUGAGGCUGACCCCUGAAUUCUUCUUCAGUCCUGGAGGUUUCCGUGGCCUGGAUGCUCAUGUCCAACAACGGGCACAAAAGAAGAUGUAUGAACACCGGAGGAGCCUCCAGGAAUCAUGGACCCGAUACCUGGUCUCUUGGCAGCACCCGUGUCAGGACCCACCUUGGGAUUUCCACACUCCUUCUGAUCCCAUCUUUUGCACCACCUCUUUUUCAAGCACCUGUAUGCUCCCUCAGAACAGUGCUCGGGAAGCACGGCUGGUACCCUGGUGUCUCAGUGAAGAGCAGUCUCACCUGAUUUGCAGGCCACCAUCCCCUUCCCUGGACAUGUACCAAAGGAUGGAGCAGCUGUUUGUCCACUCCCAGGAAGAACUGGUGCCACUGGAGCUUGUUGUUAGCAUGAGGUCCCACCUCACACCCAUGACGUUAGCCACCUCUCUCUCAAACCUCCUUUCGUCUCAGAGGGUGCAUUUCUGCUCCGGAGAGUUCCUUCCGGGUCCUUCCAACCAAGUGGGAGUGUCCCCCUGGAAGUCCUGGGGCUGCCCACAAGAGGCCUGGGCACUAGGGACAGAAAACCAGGUGCUAGGCAGAGAGGAUAGUAGAGAGACCCAGGCUGUAGGGUGGGGGAACUGGACAGAGAGCAGUAGGGAGGAUGCUCGGGAGAUCCAGGCAACUGGAAGGCAGCUCCCAGUGAACUCUGAGAUGGAGGAUGAUGCAGAGACCAAGGUCCUGGAGUGGAGAAGCCAGAGACUAGUAAUAAGUAAGACUGAUGGAGAUAUCCUGACACCAGGGCCAAAGAGCCAGGACCAGAUGGGAAUUGAGAAUAGAGCUAAAAUUCAGGAACUAGAGAAUAGAAACAAGAGGGAGGCUGAGGGUGAGAAUCCUCCUGAAACCCAAGCACAUACGGCAGAGAACCAGGAACAUUUAAGAUGUAAAGCUGAUGCAGAGACUCAAACACCAAAGUGGGGGAACCAGGAUAAGAAUAGAAAUGAGGAUGCUGUACAGACCCAGGCAUUUGAGAAAAACAAGAAAGAGGCCAGAGGAGAGGAUGAAGGAGGGACCCACACCCAAGGAUUGGGGAAGCAGGGCCAGACUAGAAGUGAGAAUGGUAAGGAGGCCCAGGUUUCAGGGUGGGGAAAGCAAGACAAGAUUAAAGAUGACACUGGUAUAGAAAUUCAGGCACAAGAGAGGAGAAACAAGGCCCAGAUUGGAGGAUCAGAUUAG